AUGCGUGAGCUGGGAGAGGUGCUGAACAAGCGUGAGGAAGAUCUGACGCUCCGUAAUCAUGGAAGCAGUGUUCUUUCCUUAAUCGAAUGGAGCAGGCUCAUUUCUUUGGUUUCGUUGUUAAGACCGGAACAGCGUGACACCUUCAGGGAGCUAUUCGAGCCAUCUGAAGAGGAACAACUUCGACUGCCUAAACUCGCAGUUGGGUUUGACAGCCACUGUCAUCUAGACCGGACAAUGGAGAAACUGAGGAAACGAGAGAAGAAUCUCUCAAGUAUUCUGGAUGGCUCGUCAACCUUACCAGAAUAUGAGAUCGAGGUACCAAGGGUUGUUGGCGUGUUUUGUAACCCAGAAACUUACCCCUCUAAAACAGAGAUAAAGAACUGGGUCAGUCAAGGAGUUUGUCCUGCUAUUGGAUGGCAUCCCCGGAAAACCUCGGGGACUGAAGAGGACUGGAGACUGUUCAGGGAUCGCCUGAAUAUGCCCGAAGUGGUUGCUCUAGGGGAAGUUGGCUUGGAGCGCAAUGAGCCACCAAAUCAGUGGUAUGCCCAGAUGUUGAAGCUAGAGAAGGCGUUAGAUUGCUUAGGACCAAACCAUGUCCUAGUGUUACAUUGCAGGAGUGUGGGGACAGAAUCCGACGAAGCUUGGCUGACUGUCCUCAUGAUUCUGAAAGCGCAUCAGGCAGUGGGUCGGGAACGCCUUAUCCACUGUCAUUGCUUUACGGGCAGUCGCUCCUUGGCAGAGAGAUUGAGUGCGGAGUACCCAAACACGUACUUCGGUUUCACUUCGGUGGUGCCAAAUAUAAGGAGCCUGGGGACCAUGACAGGUUGGAUUGGGUAA